AUACUUUGUGGACCUAGAAAAAAGGGGGGAAAAUAAGGAAUGCCAGUAACGAGCAGUAAGGAGGAUCUUGCUGUGGCAACAGUUAUCGAUAGAGAUUUCGACGAACACCUUUGAACUGGUUUUUGCCCGGUGCCGAGCUAUCGUGCCAGUCAACUCGCAGCGUGGCCGUAAGCGUCUUUAUUUUUGAUAUGCAGUAUUGAUUGACAUUUGCUUUGCUUGGAUGAUGGUAUCAUGUCAUUUUUAGUCGCGUUCGCGUUAUGCAGUAGCAUCAGAAAUCUUUUAUGGCUGUCGUUCCGUCUUUUGGUUGAAUCGGGCGAUCAUUUCAGUCUGUUAAAGCUUCAGGAUUCUAUACUAACCCUGCCGAUGUUAUAUGUAGAUGUGACUAGGGCCUCGAAGUCAUUCUUUCUCUUCAACGGCUUGUUGAGGGUUUACCGGCUCUUCAAAUCUCAUUGUCUCAAAGCUAUUUUUCCCAUUUUCACGAAUAAAAGCAUGGACCCUUUUAAGAAACGUGCAUUCAUAUGGUAAGGCUGCAAAGGCAUGUUGGCUUUGUUCGUCG